ACUAUACCCUCAUUACUUAUUGUAUCCAGAAGCCUAGAGCGUAAGGAAAAAGAGAAACACCUUCACUGCAAAGCUGUGAUACAAUAAAUUUAAUCUUCAGUUGAGUUUUUGUGAGCGGCGUGAAGUCCCGCAUGGGCCAACUAAAGGAAUCUUCAAUCACAUUGAAGCACAUACUGUAAUUCGCACUUAUAGGUGCAACCAGCGUUAUCUAUCCCAACAGUUAACGUUAUCGCGGUUUCGCUUUGAUAACCGCACCUUUUGAAAUAUUUCACUCAUGCUUAGCUACAUGAAUCAGUCAACAUGUUGCAUUCAACAGGAAAGUAUUUGAUAGCAUUAGUGCUCGUUUCGUUGCCAGCAACUAUUCAUUGUGACAACAUUUUAUUCCUGCAAACGACGCCCUCUCGUAGUCAUCACAUCUGGAACAAACAAAUCUUCAAUCGCCUGUACGACAAUGGACACAACUUAACCAUCUUAACCUUCGAACAGGAGCAGUCCAUACCUGGAAAAUCUUUCUUCUACGUCCCAAAGCUGUACGCUAGAAUCAUGGCGGAGUUCGCGGCCGAGGACAGUGCGGGCUCUGCGAUGGGACCCGUAGGAAACAUCAUCAAUAUGUACAGCUUCUACGAAAAAGCAAGCCGCAUUCUUGCGCAAGAGCCUGCCAUAAAGCAUUUAUUGAACUACCCGGAAUCGUUUAAAUUUGAUCUCAUCAUUCAUGACUUUACCAUGGGGCAGUUUUUGCUUGGAUUCGUUCAAAGAUUUGGCAAUCCUCCAUUAGUUUCGGUGUCAGCAUUCAAUCUUCCUUCAUACACAAUGCAUCUGGCAGAUAUACCAGUACGAUUCACCACUUUGCCGAACUAUGCUUGUGAAUAUGAUCAACACAUGAGCUUCAUGGAAAGAAUUGCAAAUACAUUUUAUUGGUUGUUGGAUUCCUACCACAGACAAUUUCGAUUCAUGGCUUCGGAAGACGGAAGAGCUCGUGAAUUGUUUGGAAGCAACACAACUAGCGUGAAAAAAAUCGAAAAAAGUUCCAGCGUUGUUUUAGUCAACAGUGAUUUCAGCAUGGAUUACCAUCAAGCUCUACCACCGAAUGUCAUUCCUGUUGGAGGCCUUCAUAUUACGAGACCUGAAAAGAUUCCUCAAAUAAUAGCUGAUUUCAUGGACAUUCCCAGCAAGGGUGUGAUACUUCUCAGCUUCGGCACAAACGUUCAAAGCGAAGGCUUGGGCAAGAAUGUCAACGAAGCUAUUUUGAAAACCUUCACAAAUCUUCCGGAUUACAAUUUUAUUUGGAAGCAUGGUGAUCCAGAAAGCCUGGAACCGGUCCCUCCUAAUGUACUGGUGCAGAAAUGGGUUCCACAGGGUGCCAUUCUAUCUGAUUCUCGGACCAAACUGCUCAUCGGGCAUGGCGGACUAUUGGGACUGCAGGAAGCAACCUGGUAUGGAAUUCCAACGAUAGGGAUUCCAUUCUUUGCCGACCAACUUCAAAACGUGGAUAAACUGGUGCGAGGAGGCGGAGGACUGCGUUUAUUUUUGGACGAACUGAAUGAGAAUUCGUUGAAGCAGGCAAUUGACAGCGUCCUUUCGGAUAAGAGGUAUCGUCAAAACAUGGAAGCACGAUCACGACUGUUUCGCAACCAACCGCAACCACCACUGGAACGUGCAAUUUUCUGGAUAGAAAAAGUACUCGAAAACAAAGGGCUCCCGCAUUUAAUGUCGCCGGGCCAGGACAUUCCAUUUUACCAGCUGUAUGGCAUAGACCUUAUUUGCACGACAUUGCUUAUCAUAGCUGGUGUACACAUUCUUUGUAAGAUGGCCUUAUCUUUUUCAUUCAAUAAACAGUCGUAAUUGUCUUUUAGCAGUGCA